UAGAGGCAGCAGCAAUGUUGAGCAACUAUCCCACAGGCGCAACAGCAAAGACCGUACUUGUAGCAGUGUAGAUGCACCAUCUGUUCGCAGGGACAGCAGGGACCAGGGCUGCAGCAGUGUAGAGCCCAUCCCAGUGAUAAGAAGAGACUCCAAGGACAGAGGCAUCAGCAAUGGCGACCUGGUGCCGAGAAGAGACAGCAAAGACCGAAGCGGGGGACAGGGAAUGGAGCCUUUUCUGAGACAGGACAGCAAAGAAAGAGAGAGACUGCUAGAUCAGCCGCCUGAGCUGUUACCAAGACAGGACAGCAAGGAAAGGGUGAGAAAUGGUUUAGACAGUAGACACGAAAGUCGAGAGAGACUGCUUGAUCAGCCGCCCGAGCUCUUACCCCGACAAGACAGCAAAGAUAGAGCCAGGAAUGCUGUGGACUCAAAGCACGAUAGCAGAGACAGGCCCCCUGAGCUUUUACCCAGACAAGACAGCAAAGACAGAGCAAGAAGUGGAGCAGAACUUAGGCAUGAUGGCAAAGAGCAACGUCCAGAUUUGUUACCCCGACAGGAUAGCAAAGAGAGAGUAAGGAACGAUGUAGAACAUAGACACGAGGGUAGAAUAGACCAACCGCCAGAGAUCCUCACCCGACAAGAAACUUCGAGGAGCAGCAACAGCAGGGACAAGAUCAGCUCUGAAUCGAAGCAUGAUGGGAGAGAUCGAAGCAGCCACAAUGGAGGAGAACAUCCUCCACCUCCCCUACCCAGGCAGGACAGUAAAGACCUGAGCAGAACAGGACUCGAAGUGAGACGGGACAGCAAAGACCGGAGUUUGAAUGGAUCAGAACAGCAUCAGUAUGAUGCAAAGAGCACAAAGAGCCCUUCUGCAAUGGAGUACAGGUGUGAAAGUAAGGACCGAGGAUACAGAUCGGAUGGCACGCCCAGGCGGGAUAGCAGAGCAAAUUACAGCGGUGACCAAUCAAAAGCACAAGAGAGGAACGGCAGCACAAUGUCAGGACAGCAUUCAUCCAUAACCACACCUACUCACCAUGGGAGAUCGUCUGGAAGCCCCCCAAUGACAGCAGGGACAGGAAAUGAUCCAAAAGCAGCACCAAAGUAUGCCCGCUCACCUUCUAUGCCUGCUAACCCCUCUCCAAUGGGAACUCCACAAAGGAGAGCAGCAGAGACACAACAAAGUCAGAUGCCCCAGAUGCCAUGGAUCUGUGGAGACACCACCAUGCUGGAACAGAUCGAGAGGAAGCGCACCCUCUGCCAGCAGAUUCGCUCCAAACAGCAUCCACACCUGCAGAGAUUCCUGGAGAGGCCUCCUCCCCCUCCAGACAGGAGCGAGGAGAGGCACCAGGAGCGGAGUCAGUGCAAGCAAGAGAGUUCAUCAGCCCUCCCAGGCUGGGGGAAAAGUGGUGGGGCCAAAAAGAUCCGUCCUCCCCCUUACCCUACACAGAAAACUGUGUUCUGGGACACUGCCAUCUAACAACACACUUGCACCUCCCUGCCACACAACCCCCCCGAGAUACCCCAUCCCCUCUUUCAUAUUGGUUGUGCUGAUGCUUCCCUGCAACAUCAGGGGUGUCAGGACAGCCAGUAAGAGCACCAAGAAGUUCCUCGCUGAUGUCAUUGGACAAUGGUGGUUACCAUAGCAAUAUUUCUGCUCGUUCAGGUUGUCAUGUUUUCUUAUCAUCACUGGUGAUAUUUGAUAUUUUUCUAUUUCCUGUGAUUGGAUUCUUGUAAUAUAAUAAGUAGAAUAGAUAUUUGAUGAAUAGAUAUUUUCUAAAUGAGAUGGGGAUUAAAAGCAGCUUAAAUUAUGUAUAGUAGAUGUAGAUGCAAUCUAAUUUUUUGUUUUUGUUAUUUCUGUUUGGGUUAUUUUACAUUUGAAAGCAUAAUCUAUCAAUACUUGUACUGUAGUAGCAUAAUUUUCUUAUGCCCAAGGCUUUCUUUUCUUGUGCUGAAUAGCACUGAAAAUGAAUGGACUAUUCAAUUCUGUCUAUAUAUACUUUACAUUUUCACUGUUGUAUUGUAAGUUGAGGAGUUAACGUGCUUUAGAUUCCAACGCCCUCCAUGCCUGGUCCAGUAUGUUCUACAAUGUACAACAGAUGGUCCUGGAACAGAAACAGGAAACUUUGUGUGCUUCAGUUUGUAUAUUACAGUAAGAAGCUGUGUAGUAACUAAGUCAAAGCCUUUUGAAGCGGUUGAAUCGUUUUAUAUAGGACAAAAAAAAAAAAACCUGUUGGCUGGCAUGUGGGAGAGGAAUGAAAAAGUGUGAAAUGUUUCUGCUGUAAUCUAAGAUACACUAUGAGGGUGGGUUGGGGAGGUAGUAAAUUAGAACAUACAUUAUCAACAGUUUAACUUCCAAAACCAGCCAAAGCCUGUUAAAGCGAGAGAAGGGUGUGGUUGCACUUUGGACGGUCGGUUCUUUAAAAUGGGGUCGGUGGCAAUAGCUGGCGAGUACCAGCGCCCUUACUUUGCCAUGCACACUACGAGCACCACGACACAUUGUAAAUACUUGAUGCCAACAACCAGCCCGUACAAUCAACAACACCUGAGCUUUUAGAGCAUUUCUUAAUUUAACUGCAGAUUAUAAUAGCCAUAUGCACUUGCUUAAGAAUUAACUUUCAAGAUUAUGCUUAUAUAUAUAUAUUUUUGAAAAUGUUAAAGGUAGCUGUGCCAUGUAAGUUUUCAUUUAUUGGCGAGAGGGAGGUUAAAGCCUCAGGAGGCUGGCUGUGUGUGACAUGCAGUCAUCUAUGAUUGGUUGUCUCGGACAAUAUUCACAAUUCGACUGGCAACCGUUUCAGAGAUCAAAGGACCUAUAACAUGGCAACAGCUCUACCCAGUCAAGCAGACAGGGGUUGCACAAGGGCCUACAAAUCUUUGAGGCUUUGUAAAAAGAAAAUGAAAAAGAAAUGCACUACCCAUCAUAUGUCAUUACAUUCAAUCAGGCGGAUUACAUACAUGUCCCUCUCCCCCUGCUCUCUCCCUCUACCUCAACCUCCUACUUACAUCAUUGAAAUUGGUUCUCUUCAGCACAUUCAAAUGCAAUGUUGACAUUGCCAAAAUAGUCUGGGUUGGACACGUGAGCUAACCCUCAGAGUGGAAUGCAAGUGCAGUACUCGACACUACAGAGGUCCCUCUGUGUUGUACCUUUACGUGUGUGUUUGAGGGAGAGAGCCGUGUGUUUGUCUGUGUGUGCCAAGCUACACUGUAUGCAAGUUGAACUUUUAAAAAUGAUUGUUUUAAGACAUUUUACUUUGCCUCAUCCAUGAUAAUUGGAGGGCAAAGGUUGGAAAUGUAAUAAUGAUGAUGUACAAUCUCUUUGUGUGUAUAAACGUGCACUGUGAAAAGGUAGAGAGAGCACCGCACUGUCAGAGUCCUCUGUCUUAUUGCACUGAGUGUUCUCUUGUUUUUUGCGUAAGAAAAAAAGAAAAGGAAAAAACAUGUUUGAGGAAAAAAAAGUACUGUAUUCUGAUUGUCACUUGGGUUCUGUUGAGAGAAAUAAAUAAAUAUGAACUUGAAACCCUCUAUGGAAAA